AUGACUUUGGACGAUGUUGUGUUUUUGGGUGAUAAGAUACCUCAAGAGGUACUCCGAGUGUUGCCUCUUCUUCCCCAUAUUUCCAAGAGAUCACUAACAAGAGUAUUGUCAUAUGUAGUCAAGUUUUUGACGGGAGAGUUAUUGAGAGAAAAGCAAGACGAAUUAGCAGUCCCAUUAAAUGGACAACUUGAGAGAGAAUUAAAAUCAUCAUUUGAAAAAGUGAAAAAGAAAUCAAAAUAUGUCCAAGAAGUAAUUGAUAGCGCAAUUAAAACUGGAUUAUUUUCAGUGAUAUUUACAGGAUUUUAUAUAAUUCUUAGAGCCAUGAUUCGACAAAGAAUUAAAAUCCCAUAUUUGAGAGAUCAACUGAAAGAAAUGGAACUAGACGAGGAUUUAAUUAACCUGUUCGUGGAGGCAUAUGAAACAAAAAAGCAAGAAUUUAUUGCUCUUACAACGGAAAAGACCAGUUGGUUUAAUCACAUUGUAAACGUUAGAUGGAGAGUCGAUGUCACAAUCAGCAACUCUGUCAUGAGUAAGGUGUUCAAACCAUUAUUGCUUCUUCAAUUCGAGUUAUCGAACUCUCGAAUUGUUACCAUGGAGGUCACAUUGGAACAAUUCCACAAACUUCGUCUCUCGGUAGCUACAAUUCUCAAUGACAUGCACAACAUUGAAAGCCAUCCAAUUAUGAAAAUCAAGGAAUAA